AUGGAAAAAGAAGUCUGGUCAUCUAAUUCUAAGAUUCAAAGUCAGGCUGUGAUUGGACAUGCAAGUAUAACACCUUUUAAUUGUGGGUUAUGCACCAAAGUGUUCAAAGACUUGAAUACCUUACAGAAACACAUACGAAAGCAUACAACUGAUAAAGCUUUUCAAUGUGAUUUCUGUUUAAAGAACUUCAGCCUGUCUCGUAACUUAAUGAAACAUAAAAGAAUACAUACUGGAGAAAAACCAUAUAAAUGUGAUGUGUGUGGGAAAGCAUUCAGCCAGUCACAACACUUACAGGGACACAUGAGGAUACAUACAGGUGAUAAACCUUAUAAAUGUGAUGUGUGUGAGAAGGCUUUCAACAAUUUAAGUAACUUUAAUUGCCACAUGAAGCUACACACAGGUGAUAAAUCUUAUCAAUGUGAUGUGUGUGGAAAGGCAUUUAACCAAUCACAGAACUUACACAAACACAGAAGGAUACAUACAGGUGAUAAACCUUAUAAAUGUGAUGCAUGUGGUAAAGAAUUCAGGCAGACACAACACUUAAAGACACACAUGAGGACACAUACAGGUGAAAAACCUUAUAAGUGUGCUGUUUGUGAGAGAACAUUCAGCCAGACAAUUCACUUACAGACACACAUGAGGACACAUACAGGUGAUUAUCCUUAUAAAUGUGAUGUGUGUAGCAAGGUAUUCAUCCAAUUACAGAACUUACAGAAACACAUGAGCACACAUACUGGUGAUAAAUCUUAUAAAUGUGAUGUUUGUGGGAAGUUAUUCACCUGGAAAGAUAACUUACUGGGACACAUGAGAAUACAUACAGGUGAUGAACCUUACAAAUGUGAUAUGGAAAAAGAAGUCUGGUCAUCUAAUUCAAAGAUUCAAAGUCAGGCUGUGAUUGGACAUGCAAGUAUAACACCUUUUAAUUGUGGGUUAUGCACCAAAGUCUUCAAAGACUUGAAUGCCUUACAGAAACACAUACGAAACCAUACAACUGAUGAAGCUUUUCAAUGUGAUUUCUGUUUAAAGAACUUCAGGCUGUCUCGUAACUUAAUUAAACAUAAAAGAAUACAUACUGGAGAAAAACCAUAUAAAUGUGAUGUGUGUGGGAAAGCAUUCACCCAGUCACAACACUUACAGGGACACAUGAGGAUACAUACAGGUGAUAAACCUUAUAAAUGUGAAGUUUGUGGAAAGGCAUUCAACAAUUUAAGUAACUUUAACUGCCAUAUGAAGCUACAUACAGGUGAUAAAUCUUAUCAAUGUGAUGUGUGUGGAAAGGCAUUUAACCAAUCACAGAACUUACACAAACACAGAAGGAUACAUACAGGUGAUAAACCUUAUAAAUGUGAUGCGUGUGGAAAAGAAUUCAGGCAGACACAACACUUAAAGACACACAUGAGGACACAUACAGGUGAAAAACCUUAUAAGUGUGAUGUUUGUGAGAGAACAUUCAGCCAGACAAUACACUUACAGACACACAUGAGGACACAUACAGGUGAUUAUCCUUAUAAAUGUGAUGUGUGUAGCAAGGUAUUCAUCCAAUUACAGAACUUACAGAAACACAUGAGCACACAUACUGGUGAUAAAUCUUAUAAAUGUGAUGUUUGUGGGAAGUUAUUCACCUGGAAAGAUAACUUUCUGGGACACAUGAGAAUACAUACAGGUGAUGAACCUUACAAAUGUGAUGUAUGUGAGAGAUUUUUCAAAUAUGCCAACGAUAUAAAAAGACACAUGAGGACACAUACUGGAGACAAACCUUAUAAAUGUGAUGUGUGUGGGAAAGAAUUCAGGCAGACACAACACUUACAGAAACACAUGAGGACACAUACAGGUGAUAGAUCUUAUAAAUGUGAUGUUUGUGGAAAGUUAUUCACCCGGAGAGAUACCUUACAAAUACACAUGAUGAUACAUACUGGAGAGAAACCUUAUAAAUGUUAUUUCUGUCCAAGAGCAUAUUGUAAAAAGUCAGAUCUAGAUGGACACCUGAAGAUACACACGCGAGAAAUCUUAAUGGAAAAAGAAGUCUGGUCAUCUAAUUCAAAGAUUCAAAGUCAGGCUGUGAUUGGACAUGCAAGUAUAACACCUUUUAAUUGUGGGUUAUGCACCAAAGUGUUCAAAGACUUGAAUACCUUACAGAAACACAUACGAAACCAUACAACUGAUGAAGCUUUUCAAUGUGAUUUCUGUUUAAAGAACUUCAGGCUGUCUCGUAACUUAAUGAAACAUAAAAGAAUACAUACUGGAGAAAAACCAUAUAAAUGUGAUUUGUGUGGGAAAGCAUUCAGACAGUCAAUACACUUACAGGGACACAUGAGGAUACAUACAGGUGAUAAACCUUAUAAAUGUGAUGUGUGUGGGAAAGCAUUCAGCCAGUCACAACACUUAAAGCAACACAUGAGGAUACAUACAGGUGAUAAACCUUAUAAAUGCGAUGUGUGUGGGAAUGCAUUCAACAGAUUAAAUGCCUUACAGACACACAUGAGGAUACAUACAGGUGAUAAACCUUAUAAAUGUGAUGUUUGUGGAAAGGCUUUCAACAAUUUAAGUAACUUAAACUGCCCCAUGAAGCUACACACAGGUGAUAAAUCUUAUCAAUGUGAUGUGUGUGGGAAGGCAUUUACCCAAUCGCAGAACUUACACAAACACAGAAGGAUACAUACAGGUGAAAAACCUUAUAAAUGUGAUGCGUGUGGGAAAGAAUUCAGCCAGACAAAUCAAUUACAGACACACAUGAGAAUACAUACAGGUGAUAAACCUUAUAAAUGUAAUGUGUGUGAGAAAGCAUUCAGCCUGACAAAUCACUUACAGACACACAUGAGAAUACAUACAGGUGAUAAACCUUAUAAAUGUAAUGUGUGUGAGAAAGCAUUCAGCCAGACAAAUCAGUUACAGACACACAUGAGAACACAUAUGGGUGAUAAACCUUAUCAAUGUGAUGGACAUUCUGGUGAUAAAUCUUUUCAAUGAGAUGUGUGUGGGAAGGCAUUCAACAAUUCAGGAAACUUACAGACGCAUAUGAGGACACAUGUGAUAAACUCUAUAAAUGUGAUGUGUGUGCGAGAAAAUUCAGCCAGACAAUACGCUCACAGACACACAUAAGGACACAUACAGGACACAUACUGGAGACAAACCUUAUAAACGUGAUGUGUGUGGCAAAGAAUUUAGGCAGACACAUCACUUACAGAAACACAUGAGGACACAUACAGGUGAUAGAUCUUAUAAAUGUGAUGUUUGUGGAAAGUUAUUCACCCGGAGAGAUACCUUACAAAUACACAUGAUGAUACAUACUGGACAGAAACCUUG